AUGGCAGCCUCCAGAGUUCCUACGGCUGCUCUGUCACUUAAGCAGUUCAUGUUAAGACAACAAUCAUUGCAGUUGUACCGAGAUAUCUUAAGAUGUUUGAAAGAAGUCGAGAAUAAAGACAGCAGAAAAGAAUUAGCUGACUGGGCAAGAACCGAGUUCAAGAAAAAUAAAAAUGAAAAAGACGAGAUGGCAAUUAAAAUGAUGCAUUCAAGAGGACGACUGUCUUUAAGGGAAAUGCAGAGAACUAUAAGUCUGGCUAAAUGAAAAUCAUGAGUUUGGAAUAUAAAUAUGCAAUAUACAGUGUGACUAUUCUAUGAAAAUCACUCCAAAAUACAAGUGUCAUGAUCUAUCACACCAAGCCAAGGAAGAUUUAUGGACUAACAUUUGUGUCAAGGAAAUCUAGUGAGAACGGCCCUCCAGAGUUCUUCUUGGGCAGAAAUGUGACCUUAGUGACUUGUAGUGUAAUCUAGAAGGAAAUUAUAUUAAGUUGAUGGCACAACUUGCUGAGAAGUUUAGUCUACCACUUUAAAACAUGCUGUGAUCUGUGGGUGACAAUCCCAGACCUUGGCAGUUUAAUAAAGUUUAUGAUUUAUUAAUA